UCUCGUGGCACACAUGACACACAUAACAGAAAUUAGUUGACACCAGUUGAUUUAGAAGCAAUUGCCUUCAUAUUCGCCUUUACAUGUUCAUUGUUGCCUCUUUUAUAUUGCAAUGUGAAACUAAUAAAUGUGCACUCCUCCUCACGAUACAGGAAUUCUCUAGCUUCAUUGAUGACGAGCUGCUAUAUAAGGUGACGCGAGCGAUCUGUUCAUCCACUUCUAUCAGAAAACUUCUCAAGUAUUCACACACGCCAAUUUGAAGGAUCGAAAGGACGACAACAAACAAUUUUAUAAUGGUGAUAAAAGUGAAAGAAAUCCUACUGUGCUCAAUAUUUUUGACUGUGAUAACAUUAUUAUCUGCAGCAUCCAUUAAGCAGAAGAGAAGCUACAGGUUCGAUGCUCGUGAAUGUGGGUCUUAUACUGCGUGCAACUGGACGGUCUGUCAAUGGUUUGUGCGCCACACUGAACGUAAAGGAUGCUUCAAAGUAGUCGAAAGAGGAUCUCACUGCAGAUGUCCACCUAACACAGAAUGUCGCAUUUCGGGUGAAGUUGAGCCCUGGGAAACCAUGGUGAAGAUCCCGCAUAGAUGCUUCCCCGUGACUGCUUAAAUGCCUUAUGGAGAAUCACAGUUCUGCUGAAUAUUCCUGCCUAGUUUCACACUUUAUCCGCUAUCCUUUAGGCAGUAAAUAGCUCCAUAUAGGAAAAGGAACCAUAGUGCGACGUAUGGUUUUCAUAAUUUGCUGCAAAGUAUGCAAGUUAUGGACUUAACCCAAGGGGUUGCAAACAACUAUACAAUGGAAGAAAAGUGGAUAUUUCAACUUUCAACAAGUUGUCAACCUCAAAAUCUGCAAUCUGAAUAUCUUUUACUGAAUUUUGACGGACGAUCUGAGACUCGUGUGGUCAACAUACGUUCGUAUUGCUCUGGGACAUUUUAAUUGUCUUUAUUUUAUUCAAAAGAUAUAGCCCUUGUCACUCUGGUUGACUUUGUUUACUUAUUCAUGUUGGAGUUUUAACACCAUAUGGCGCCCUGACCUCUGGUUGUGA